GAAAAUUAGGUUGUCGAAGUAAGCCCAAAGCCCUGCACUGGAAAAUGGACUUGCUCAAAUUCUGUGUUUAGUACAGAAGGACUUGAUCAAAAAUGUAAAACCAAGCGGUAGUAUAUGAAUUUGUUCAUCCAAAAUACUUAUUUCGAUGUGAACAUUGCCGGUAUGUUAGAGUUUGAAACACUCAAGAGUUGCAUGCGUGAAGUAGAGCAACAAUCCAACAGAAUGGACAAAAAGCAGUGCAAAGUACGAGUUGUGAUCCGAGUGCGCCCCCCUCUGUUGGAGAGCGAUAAAAGCAGUGUGAGCACAUCAAACAACCAUGUCACAAUCUUCAAUCAUAGAAAUGUCAAGGAAAACAUUCAAUAUGAGUUUUCCGCUGUGUAUGGCAGAGACAGCAGUCAGCAGCAGAUCUUCAGUGAAUGUGUGAAGCCUCUUCUGCCGAAAGCUCUCAGUGGGCAGAAUGUCUCCAUAUUUGCAUAUGGCCCCACUGGUGCAGGGAAAACUCAUACUAUGUUGGGAACACCCUUAAAUCCUGGUGUGAUUCCACGGGUUAUCAACGAGAUCUUCACCCAGAUAGAGGAAGAGAAGAAUGCGUGCAGUGAAUGGACAUACACGGUUUCAUUCUCUUACUUAGAGAUCUAUAAUGAAAAGGUUCAGGACCUGCUGGAGCCCUCUGGGUCAGACCUGCCCAUACGAGAGGAUGCAGACAAGAACAUUCUGAUUCCUGGCCUGGCCACAAAAGUCAUACACAACUUUAACGAGUUUAAGAACGUAUUUGGACCAGCAUCGAAUAACAGGACUGUGGCAGCCACAAAGCUGAAUGAGCACUCCAGUCGCAGCCACAGCAUUGUGCAGCUCACUGUGAAGAAACAAAAGCCGUGCCAGAUUUUACACGGGAAAAUCUACCUGAUUGAUCUCGCUGGUUCGGAGGAUAACAGGCGCACGGGUAACCAGGGCAUCAGGUUGAAAGAGAGUGGCGCCAUCAACAAGUCCCUGUUCGCCCUUGGAGAGGUCGUUGACGCCAUCAACAAUGGACUGCCAAGGGUCCCAUACCGCAACAGUAAGCUGACCAGACUACUGCAGGACUCUAUAGGAGGUAGCUGCCACUCUGUGAUGAUCACCAAUGUGGCCCCAGAGGAGCGCUACUACUAUGAUACAUAUUGUACUCUGAACCUCGCCACCAAGAGCAAGAAGAUCAUAAACAGCACGGUAGUCAGGGAGACAGUAGGAAUAGUUAAGCCUCAGCGUCAGGUAGUGAAAGUAUCACCAGUGAAGCGCAGUGGUCCGGAGAAGCCCAACAGAUUGGACAGCAGCACAGACUCCCUCGAUACCAGCGACCUGCCCUCACACUCCAUCAGCCCAUUGUUGAAGCGUCAAGAGGAAUGGGAGGUCCAGGUGAAUCAACGGCUCCAGCAACUUGAGACUAACAUCAUCUCCCAGGUGCAGGCCAUGAAACCCUCACAUCCAGGUGCCCAGACUCCGAAGACCAAGGCAAUCCAUGAUCUUCAGCGUCAGUUGGCGGAGAACCAUGCCCAGUUAAAGGCCCUAGCCAGUCAACACACCCUCCCCCAUUCCAUGAAACAGAAACUCCCCAAACCUCCGGGAAAGAACCUCACACAGUCGCUCACAGAUCAGACCAAUGUGAUAGCAGACACGCCGGACACUGGUGGACCGGUCCUGGGCAAACGGAAGAGGCAGGAGGAGUUCACCUGCUCACCCCUGUUUGCCCCACCCCCCAGGAUCAAGAAGAAGGGAUUUGUAUCGUCUGCGAGCGUGAAAGAUGGUAAGGAAAACAGUGAAGAAAGUGUUGUCAAGCCGGAGGACGCCCUGCUGCAUUCUUCUUCACAGGCUAAGCGCAAUGGAGAUUUUUGGGAGCUGUUGAACACAUCAUCAGUGAAAGGUCUGCAAGCCCUCCAGACUGUGGGAGCCAAACGGGCCAAAUUGAUCUUCGACUGGCGCGAAACAUAUGGGGCUUUCUCCAAGCCUGCAGAUUUGAUGAACAUACCAGGUUUUACUGAGAAAUAUUUCCAGAAACUCCUUCAUAGCAACUUUGUGACAACAUCAUAGCCCAAAAUAAAAAGUUGCUUCAUGUUCGGAGAAAAUGGCCUCUCCAGGGACAGGAACAUACUCGAGAUUACUUAGUGGGGAAGAUUACUUGACCCCAAUACACAUGCCAUUGGACAGUUUGACACAUCCAUGCUACAGUGUAACACACUCCGGGUACAGUGUGUGUGCAUGCGCAGGUCAUUACACUGAUCUCAAUUUUUCAAAUGUUUAAAAAAAAUGCAUACAUUUUGGUGGAUUAUGUUAUUAUUUGUAAACAAGCUAUAAGUUUUUUAACAUGUUGAAUGGCUGAAUUGUUGUGCUCAAGUCAUUUCACUCUGCACGUUGUUGCAGUCAGUGAUCAAAGGCUCAUGUUGUUUGCAUAUUUAUCUUAACCUAUGUUCUGUGCCAGCGUUUUUUAAUGGGAGGGAACUUAUGAAUUUUAUUGUCUUUAAAGCGUUAACAUUUUAUCACCUGGUAAUUUUAUUCCUACGAUUUUAAAAGUGUUUUUCAUGUAUGUCUCUCAGUGUCUGUACAUGUGUGUCUAUCAAUUCUGUAUUACCGGUAACUAUGCUCUGUAUAAGGAUUCUGCGAUCUAGUAUAUUGAAUAAAAUUUAAA